AUGCAGGUCUCCAAUACCGAAGGCUAUGGUGUGGCAGACUGGGAGUCAGAGAUGACCCUGGCCAUCGAGGCUCGGAUUGACGCCUUUGCCUUGAACAUCGCCGCGGAGCAGUCUGUCAAUACCGGAUCAGUGGCGAACGCCUUUCUGGCGGCCGAGAACGUGGGCUUCUCCCUCUUCUUUUCGUUCGAUUAUGCCGGGAACGGGGCGUGGGCCAAGGACGACGUAAUCGAAUUGAUCAAUGGCUAUGGCUCGUCCACUGCCUACUACCACUACAAUUCUCAAAUCUUUGUUUCCACCUUCGAAGGGCCCACCAAUGCGGCGGAUUGGGUCGAGAUCAAGGAGGAAACUGGGUGCUUCUUUGCUCCUGACUGGUCCUCCCUCGGAGCCAUGGAGGCAAUGGCCCAGGCGGACGGGGUAGCGGAUGCGCUGUUCAGCUGGGCCGCGUGGCCCAAUGGGCCGGCUGACAUGGACACCUACACGGACGCAUCCUACCUCAACUAUCUCGAGGGCAAACCGUACAUGAUGCCGGUUUCCCCGUGGUUCUUCACCAAUAUGCCGGGAUACGACAAGAACUGGCUCUGGCGGGGCGAUGACAUGUGGUUUGACCGGUGGACCCAGGCCCUGUUCGUGAACCCCGAGUUCAUUGAGAUCAUCUCCUGGAACGAUUUCGGAGAGUCGCACUAUAUCGGUCCCAUCAAAUCGGCCGAUGAUCCCUUGGCGAAUCAGACAUACACCGCUUUUGACACUGGACUGGCCCCGUACAACUAUGCCCUCGACAUGCCGCAUGAUGGCUGGCGCGCAUUUCUGCCCUAUGUGAUCGAGACAUAUAAGACCAACAUCUCUACUGUCACCCAAGAAGGCGUCACCGGCUGGUACCGGCUCAACGAGGCUGGAGCCUGUGCCUCCGACGGCGGAACGACCGGGAACACGGCCAGUCAGCUCCAGGUCGAGUAUUGGCCGUAUGAGAUUGCGCAGGAUAAGAUCUUCUAUUCUGCCCUAUUGGCCUCGGAAGCGGAGGUGUCGGUCUCGGUAGGCGGCGCCGAUCUGGGGGCCUCGUGGACCUCGACGCCCAGUGGCAAUGUGGGCAUCUACCAUGGCAGUGUGUCAUUUACCGGACAUUCGGGCGCGGUGACCAUCACCAUCAGCCGCGGGGACACCACGAUUGCCACACUUCAGGGACAGUCAAUCUCCGCUGGCUGCGCGGCCGCCUCUGGGGUGGAGAAUUGGAACGCCUGGGUCGGGAGCGCCAUGUCCACCGACACGAUCAGCGUGACUCCGGCCUACUCGCUGGGCGAACAGACCUGUGUGGAAGGAUGGGGGGAUGGGAACUUCCUGGGUCUCUGCGAGCAGGCGUGCUCCUGGGGGUACUGUCCGAUCACCGCCUGCGUGUGUUCGAAGCUCGGACCGGCGCCCACGGUGCCCGAGGACACGGGCGUUCAGGGCUACCCGAUUGCCGGGGAAGAUGCUAGUUACAGCGGACUGUGUUCCUUCGAUUGCAACCACGGCUACUGUCCGAGCACGGCGUGCGGAACCGUGGAGGUGGCCCUUACUAUCCCCACGGUCUCGGACUUUGCCCCGCCGGCCUGCACCGCUGGUGAGGGCACUGGGGACUUUGUCAAUCUCUGCGGCUUCGGCUGUGCCCACGGCUUCUGCCCUAUCCAUGCUUGCAACUGCACCGCCACGGGUGACCUGGACCUGUUCGCGGUGGUCAACGCCAGCGUCACCGCCCAUCUGACCUCCGGACUGGACGACUAUGGGCUGUGCGACUUUGCGUGCGAGCGAGGCAAAUGCUACGACGAGUGUGAGGUGGGGGAUGCCUGGUCAGAGGACGAUCAACUCUCCUGCAUCGACGACGACCCGCGGGCCUGGUGCGAAGUCACGUCGCCGUGCGACUUCAACCUCACCAUCUCGACCAUGGCCGACCUCAACGUCCAGUCGGCCAACAUGGCGGACGAAUGCAUCCCGUACUACAUGCUCGAUGUGCUCUACAAUAUGAUUGACGUGGUGGUCACCAACUACACGGAUAUCCUGGCCCACAACGACUACAACGAGACCCUGAAGUACUACAAGCGGUACGUCGAGAACAAUAUCACGACCUCCCUGGCCAGCGCGAUGGAAUGGGACCCUACGGGCCCGGGCCUCGCCUACUUCGACUGCAUCAUCGAAGUCGAGGGCAAGAACGGGACGGCGGCGCAAUGCCCCAACACCGCCGCCACGGACGGGCACCAGUCGUACAACGUCUACUUUGAGGUGCGCAACAUCACCCUGUUCGAGGCGUGGCUGCUGGCCGACUACGGCAUCCAACCGGACUGGGUGCGGUACGACGGCACGCACGACCGAUACAACAUCUGCGUGGGCCACCUGAACCCGGACUGUGUCGCGUGGACGGAGAACUUCUACGGGGUGCCCCGAAAGGCGGCGCAGGUGAACAUCACCGACCCGCGCACGGUCGUCGCGCAGGCCCUGCCCCACCUGGACGGGCUGCGGCAGAACAUCCUGGCCGCGCAGCUGCAGACGCUCGUCGGCGCGUGGCCGGGCUUCAGUGACGAUAUCGUGCAGAGCGUCUCGCUGGCCGUCGUCCUGCUCCUCCAGGCCGUCAGCUCCAUGCAGGAAGUCGUCACCAUCGGCAAGGAGGAGAAGGCCUGGGAGCACCGCGAGAUGAUCGAGGAGAUUCUGGGCGCCAUCUUCCUGGUCGUCCCCUUCCUAGGCGAGCUCGGCGCCGUCAGCGACACCCUGGCCGACGUCGCCGAGAUCGUCGCCGUCGUCGGCGACGCCGCCCUCAUCGGCGACAGCAUCUAUGAGAUCGUCGAGGACCCCGACAACAGCGUCAUGACCAUUCUGAGCACCCUCCUGCUGGUCGGGCAGCGCUCCGCCGACGAAUAUGAGACCAUGGCCGCCGCGAGGCGCGAUAUCUCGGACAAGACCAUCGAGGCCCUCGGGCCAGUCUUUCGCGAGAAGAACACCCAGGUGGAGAAUAUGGUCAAGGACUGUGUUGCGGUAUAA